UUCCGCUAGAUGGCGCGUCGCCCUCAGCCCUGGCCACCUAUCGUUCAGGUGGGACUGGAACAAGUGGACAACCACAAGUACCAAGCCUCGGGCUACCGUCGGAUCUUUGACCACGAUUUUGUCUUCUGGUUUGGUGACCUCAACCUCCGACUCUCCGGCGACAGCAGUGCAUGGGACGUGAGGACCGCCGCAGAGGGUAUGCGCUAUGACGAGCUGCUCAAGCAGGACCAGUUGAACCUGCUGAGGGAGACGGGGAAUGCCUUUAGCUUGCUGGAGGAGCUGGCCCCCAAACUUGCGCCCACUUUUAAGUUCAUUGAGGGCACCAAUGACUACGACCUGAAGCGGCGUCCGGCCUGGUGUGAUAGGAUCCUGCAUCGCGUGCAGUGCAACAUUUAUCCGGCCGUUACUCUGAGCGCCACCCAGCUGUCUUAUCAGUCGAAUAUGGAGUAUACGCUCUCCGACCACAAGCCCGUAUCUGCGACAUUCAACUACAAAGUAGAGACUGCUAAUCAGACCGACGAGGAGUUGCAUGAAAUGAACCAUGCCGGCACCUCAAACUCCAAGUGCAAUUUAUAUAGUAUAUACACUACUGGCCAAAAUAAUAAGUACACGCUUAUACGCUUUCUUUCAUCUCCUAUAAAACUUUUCUAAUAAACAUAAUUAAAAAAUCAAAA